CUUCUCUUGUUCAAUUGUGCACGUUGCAUUCGGAGCGUGUCGUGUGGAUUCCACGUCUUUCGGAGUUUGGUGCAUGGUUAUUUGAAUUGAAAUUAUUUUCCUCGCCAGUCGUAAAGUGAACUCACUUGUGUGCAGUAGCCAAGCAGUGUGACGACUUGUUUCUGCGCUUUGUUCCGUUGUAAUUCGAUGAUCCCCAAAUGACCUUGAGUGGAUACGGUGGGUCCACGUUUGAUCGCUGUUGAAUUGGUUUCGAAUCUACCCUCCUACGAUCCAUCCAUCCCGUUAAGGGAACUAUGCCCGAGGAGGGCUUUUAGGCAUCAUCAUUCAGUCUUUGACUACGGGAACAUACCAAGCACGGUUAACUAAAAAGCUGAACUGCUCAACUGCUGCAGCAGCCUAGACGUCGCAGAAUAAACGGAAGCCAACAGCGUCUCAACAGCGGAAGUGACAAGUCUGCGUAUUGUGCGUUGAGCGGGGAAAAGUGUGCACCUGAACGUUGCAUUCCACGAAAUUGCACGAUGCAUAAAGCAGCGUACAGUGUUACCUUCGUUCGUCACGGCGAAAGCGAAUGGAAUAAGAUGAACCUCUUCUGCGGUUGGCACGACGUCGGUCUCAGUGAGGAAGGUGAAUGGGACGCGUUGGAAGUGUCGGCAGCAGCACUGAAGCGGGAAAACAUGCGUUACGAUAUCGCGUUCACUUCCUGUCUGCGCCGAGCUAAUCAAACUCUGGACAUUAUUCUAAAGGAGCUCAAUCUCACCGACAUUCCUGUGAGGCAACUGUGGCGCCUAAACGAACGUCACUACGGUGCUCUGACCGGGUUUAACAAGCGCCAGAUGGCCGACAUCUACGGCGAAGAGCAGGUACAGGUGUGGCGGCGCAGCUUCAACGUCCCACCACCAGCCAUCGAACCAACCAACCCGUAUUAUCACGCGAUCAAGAACAAUCCUCGACUGCGGCACAUUAGCGAGCAGGAUUUCCCCACGACCGAAACACUCGAAACGACCAUGGAGCGAGUCGUGCCGGAGUGGACGGACUCGAUCAUACCGGAGGUUCGUGGCGGCAAGCGGGUACUGGUUGUGGCCCAUGGUACCAGUCUGCGCGGUUUGGUGAAGCACAUUCAAGGUAUUUCAGACGCGGACAUCAUGAAGUUCAACCUACCGAACAGUAUUCCGUUCAUAAUAGAUUUCGACGAGUCGAUGAAGAUGGUGGGCGGCAUCCGGUUCCUGGCGAACGACGACACCGUGCUGAAGGCCAUGGAGAAGGUGGCCUCGAUCGGUGGAAAGUAGCAACAGAAGGACUAAGCUUAAAAGUUUCCCCGAUAUCCCAAGCGUGUAACACACACCCCGCACUGCUCCGAUACGUCCGGUGCUACUCUACCUCAUACCCAGAAACCUUUUUCUUAGUAGAUGCAAUGGUUUCUUUUGCUUCUCUUUGGAGGGUUUUGCUAGGAGCAGUGUUAGACAAAACCCUCUCGUUUGUUUGUGCUUUCCUCUCAUAAUUUUCAACUACUUUUCUGUCACUAGAAAACCAGGUUUCUGAGCGAUUUUUUAAAUAUUAAUACGGCAUAAUAUUAUUGUAAAAAAAUGAAUUUAGAAUGUAUAGGAUGCUUCUUACUGAAUGGGGCAUGUUAUGAGGAUGUUGAACUCAUACCCACCAAGAACAUAAUCGACAGCGACCCCCAGUUCGGCACUAGACGCAGGUGAGCACAGCGACCUCGAUAGCUGGAUCAGGUGAAACAACACCUGUCGGAGAUCAGAUGUGUACAUCGAUGGUAGGCUGCAGCCAGGGACUGAGCAUCCUGGAGAAUAAUUGCUAACCGGGCCAUGCCACAACGACGUGCUCUUUUGUGAGCACGAGAGGGAGAGAGGAAGCUUCCCGCGUCAAUAUUGCCUUUUUGAAGCUACUGUAUUACUUGUGUGUUGUGGUCGUAGAACCUUAAAUUUGGAAAAUGCACUACAUUUUACAUGAUUAUGUUCCGUUAGAUGUAAGAGAAUAGUAGCGGGAGGAGUAUUAUUGUAUCGUAUUUAUAGCGAUAGCCUCGUUUAUACAAGAUUAAUUGUGUACUGGUCCAAUACGAGUGUUGGUAGCGCGUAUAUUCGAGUGUACAAGAACGCAGAAUAAACCCUUUGUAAACUAA